AGCGCUGACUGCAGGGUCACCGCGCCCAUCUCGUCGUUCGAUGGACCGACGGCACUUUUACUACGGAAAGGGCGAAUGUUGAAGUUUCGUUAACGGAAACAACAGGCUGUGUCGUUGAAUGCGUUGCAGUGACUGUAAAUAUUACCCUUUAGGUCUAACCGUGUGUUUAGUGUAGGAACAGUGGGUGUGAUUUUUUUUUUUUUUCCUUUCUUCCUCCCCCUCCCCUCUUCGGCUGGUUGAGGUUGUUAAGCUCCGUGUAGCCUGUGUCUUCUGGAAGCGCAGCUAGCUGGCUAGCUAAUUAGAAAGCUAGCGCUGAGCUGUAUGUUGAUGCGGGAAUCGGAGCUUUACACCGUCUUGUUUUCCAGUCAAUGCCAAAACGCAAAGACAAAUACAAACUGAAUCAGAUUAACAAGAAUCCCAGUAGCUGGAGUAAGGUAAUUAAAAAAGUCAAAUAAAAUGAGUGAACUGGACCAGUUACGCCAAGAGGCAGAGCAACUCAAAAAUCAGAUCAGAGAUGCCAGGAAAGCAUGUGCAGAUGCCACACUAUCACAGAUUACAGCUAAUAUUGAUCCUGUUGGGCGAAUCCAGAUGCGUACAAGGCGAACACUUCGGGGUCAUUUGGCCAAAAUCUAUGCCAUGCAUUGGGGAACAGAUUCCAGACUCUUGGUUAGUGCCUCUCAAGAUGGAAAACUAAUUAUCUGGGACAGCUAUACCACAAACAAGGUACAUGCCAUUCCACUGCGAUCUUCCUGGGUCAUGACGUGUGCAUACGCACCUUCUGGAAAUUAUGUGGCAUGCGGUGGUUUAGAUAACAUCUGCUCCAUUUAUAACCUGAAAACCCGUGAAGGGAAUGUACGUGUGAGCCGUGAGCUUGCUGGACAUACAGGGUAUCUGUCCUGUUGUCGCUUUCUUGACGACAACCAGAUUGUUACAAGCUCUGGAGAUACCACUUGUGCACUUUGGGAUAUUGAGACUGGCCAGCAGACCACCACAUUUGCUGGACACACAGGUGAUGUCAUGAGCCUGUCAUUGGCUCCUGAUUCACGGCUGUUUGUUUCUGGUGCUUGUGAUGCCUCUGCUAAACUCUGGGAUGUUCGAGAGGGCAUGUGCAGACAGACGUUUACUGGGCAUGAGUCUGACAUCAAUGCCAUAUGUUUCUUCCCUAAUGGCAACGCCUUUGCCACGGGCUCUGAUGAUGCCACCUGCAGGCUGUUUGAUCUGCGUGCAGAUCAGGAAUUAAUGAUCUACUCUCAUGACAACAUCAUUUGUGGUAUAACCUCUGUUGCGUUCUCAAAGAGUGGCCGUCUUCUGCUGGCUGGAUAUGAUGACUUCAACUGUAAUGUGUGGGACACACUAAAGGCUGACCGUGCAGGCGUGUUGGCUGGACAUGACAACCGUGUUAGCUGCCUGGGAGUUACUGAUGAUGGCAUGGCAGUGGCAACAGGAUCUUGGGAUAGUUUUCUGAAGAUCUGGAAUUGAACCCUGAAGAUGUUCUUUUUAACUCCAAAGUUGACUGGAAGACCAUUACAACUUCAGAAUGUUCACAGCAUCUUCAACACUGUUAAAACUGACUUGGACACCACAAAAACGAAGGGAAACUGAUGCCUUUCCUACACAAAGAAGAGCACAAUUGUUUAUCACCUAGUUAAAGGAUCUCCUGUGGUAUCAAUUCAGAAACUUGUGCAUUCCUCCUUGGACCAUUUUAUGUUACCUUGAAAGAGAAAACACUAUCAUCCCAUGCAAAUGUGUGUGUCUUGAAGCAAAUGUUGGAGUAUAAUUGUACAAAUUAUUUAACUUUUUUUUUUAAGAAUUCUAUUCUGAUGGUUUAUUAUUCUCAGAGGAGAGAAUAUGCAGAUGCAAGAAGCUUGGAUCAUAUUACACAAGCAGGUUUCAAAAUGUGUUUAUAUACUAUCAGUUUUGUUUUCAUUACAGGCUUUGCACAUGAAGAAGCUUUGCCUUGACUAAUACUCUGUUAGCUCUCCAAGCACGUUAUGGAUGCUCAUUCCAGUACAAAAAGUUAUCAAGUCACUUGCUUAACCCCCUUAAUUCUUGUACAUGCCUUUUGACUUUGGGUUGGAAGUUAUGGGGUAGCAGGUAGGUGCUAAGAUAAAUGGGGUUUGUCUAAACAUUAGAGGUAGAAUUUAUUAUUGUUUCUUUACUUUUUUUUUUUUUUGAGGGGGGAGGGGGGAUGAAACGCCUCACCUGGCUAAAUAUUCACUUCGUUUGCUUGGGACUGCAGCUGCAACUCUGUGAAUGAAAUGUACAAAUCAGUGUCUGAAAAUAAUGGUCUGUUUUUAAGUUAAGACAUUUAAUUUUGUCUGUCAUUAGUUAAUUUAGAAGUGCAUGCUGUAGACUUGCUUUCAAUGGUGCGAAAGUCUUUUUUUUUCUGACAAGGAGAGAAACCUAUUGAUUGAACUUAUUAGAAGUCUCCCCCUGUUUGUUUUUGUUUGUUUUUUUUGUUGUUGAUGCAAACUACAUCAUGCUAAUACUGGUAAUGCUAUGCACCAGAGUGAGUAUGACUAGAACGACUUAAUAUUGACUCCAUACUUAGUGUAAAUUAAUGCUUACCAGUUCUAUUAAUGCCAAUUUUUGUAACUAUAACAAUCAUUGUGAAAAUUCUGUCCUUUCUCUCCUUAAGAUGUAUUCGCUGAAUGGAACAAACACCUCACAUACUGUCCACAAAGAAAACUUUUGUAUAUUUUUCCCCCCUUUUGUCUUAAAUUGAGAAUUGGAAAAUCUAAAUAAUUCACUGUAUAGAGAAGCACUUUUGUUAAAGUUGUGGCAUACUUUCACUUUACUUUUUUCUGAGAUGAUGUACAAUAAAUGUGACGUAUACAUGUGGCCACAAGUGAAAAUGCAAUUUAACAGAGAUGGAUUCCUUUUUCCUCUUUCCAUUAAUAUUAUAGAGCUCUGCACCCUUAUGUAUCUUUUCACUUUUUGUAUUUCAUUUCAGUCUGUUGGUGUUCCACGGUGAGCUGGAUGCAAGAUAGAUACUGUACUAAAUUGUACUGUUAUUGAUUGAAACUGUAAUAAAAAAGCUGAGAUCUCAAGCUGUUGAGAUGGAUCCCAACACUGCAUUGGGUUAUUAUUUUUAUUAUUUUUUUUAAUAAGUCUUCACCCCCUAUCCCAACUUCCCCCCUACUGUCAGUAGCCGCACUACGCCAAUGCUUUAUGUACAGUUUUUAUCAUAGACAAAAUAAAGCUCUCAGUCCAUGUA